AUGUUGAGUUUCUUUAGUGGUAAAAACGGUAUCAACGCUAAUUAUUCAUAUACACCAGCUUCACCCACCUUUAUUGCAGAACCAUGGUCUGUUUAUACUGCAAAACCUAAAAGCUCAUCAAAAUUUUUUCAUCUGGAAAAAUGUUCAGUGUUUCUAUUUGAUAAAAAAAAAUUUGAAAAUUAUUUGCUAAAAUCUGGCAUAAUAGCAUCGAUAAAAAAAGAUCAAAAAGUUAUAAAAGAUGCAUAUGAUUUGCUAAAGACACAGGUCGGAAACAUCUCUAAAUUAAAACACCCCAAUAUAUUAACAAUUAUUGAGCCUAUUGAGGAACAUUCCAAGAAUUUUUUAUUUGUCACAGAAUACGUCAGUGGAUCGUUGUACAACGUCUUUGGUGACAAUUCACUAACCAACGCUACCAGUGGAAACAAUGAAGAAAAUGAUUUUUUUCAACAGAGAAAUGAUAGUACUGCAUCUGCAAACGAUUUAAUGUUCCAACGUGGAAUAUUUCAGACAGGACAAGCAUUACAAUUUAUCCACGAUUCAGUUAGCUCCGUAUGUUUGGAUUUACAACCUAAAUCUAUUUUCAUCAACGAAAAGGGCGACUGGAAGGUUGCCGGUUUAGGUCAUUUAGUUAAAUUACCUCAGGGAACUUCAACAGCCGACUAUAAUUUACCUCAAUAUGAUCCGCGUACUCCUCAAUUCAUGCAUUUAAAUUAUGAUUAUACGGCUCCAGAGUUAAUAUUUGAAAAUACCUUAUCGUUUAAAAACGACUAUUUCUCCAUAGGGUGCAUUGUAUAUUUUUUAUAUUAUGGUAAACCCUUAUUCAGAAGUGAGGGCUCGAUAAGCUCCUAUAAAGAUGAUUACGCUAAAUUUGAAAGGAAAUUGUCACAAUUGUCGUGGAAUCAGCUUUUUUUGAAAAUUCCAGAGAGCAUAAGGUCCGGUGUGUUGCCUCAAUUAAUGAAUAGAGAUAUCUAUAUGAGGUAUGGCCAUAUUACAGACUUUUUAAAUGAUAAAAUAUUUCAAAACCCACUAAUAAAAACACUAAUUUUUUUAGAUGAUUUACCGACUAAAACUGUUUCUGAGAAGGAAAUUUUCUUCAAGGGGCUUAUUGAUAUUUUGCCCAAAUUUCCAAAUACCAUGUUGCAUAGAAAAUUUUUGCCGUUAUUGACUGAAAAUUUAGAUUUGAGUUAUAAUGAAAAAUCAGAUUUCCACUCUUUAAUUCCCAUUUUUUUGCAACUGAUUUUAACCAUAGCCAAUAAUUUAUCACAAUUAUCAUUUCAAGAGAAAAUAUUGCCAUUUUUGAAAAUGGAUUAUUUAUUACAAUAUGACUCGGCACCAAUACUUUAUAAAAAUUUAACUAUUUUGAAAAGUAAAAUUAAAUCCGCCGAUUUUACGGAAAAUUUUUUGAAGCCACUACUAGAAUUCACAGUUAAUAAACAGGUUACCAACGUCAGAUUGCAUGAAAUGGCUUUGGAGAAAUCUGCUGUUGAACUAAUGUUAGAUUCGUUUGAUUUUAGCUCCGUGAAAAAAUUUUAUUUUCCAUUAAUGUCUAAUUUAUUUUCUCUAACCACAAAUCUGAAUGUCAAAAUUGGGGUUACUAAAUGCUUUUAUACAAUGAUUGAAAACAAAAGUAUAGACAAAUAUCAGGCAUUGGAUGAUAUGCUUCCGUUAUUUACUGUUAUGAAAUCUAAGGAUAGACGCAUUUUAUUAGAAAUGGUACCCAUUUUCGAAAAACUAUCCUCCUUUGUAUCUGAUGAGGUUAUUAUCGUGGAUAAGAUAUUGCCCUUAAUUUGGAGGUUUUCUAUGGCUGAUACCUUAAAUUUAAAGGAUUACGAAAGGUUUACUAUGGUAAUUAAUGGCAUAUCAAUGUCAGUUCAGAAGAAACAUUUACAAACAUUGAAGCAAAGGAAGGAAUAUGAUGUACCAGGUGGGAAUACCUCAGAUGGCAAUAACGCGGUUAAUACUGAGAACAAUUUCUUUGGACAAGUUAUUGAAAAACCAGUUGUCAAAAAAAAUGAUAUUGAUAGAAUCAAUUCAGCUAACAUUAAAAUCACACCCAUUAAACCAAAAAAGGUUGUUCCAACUGUUAUUUCAAAUAAUUCUACUAAUGCUACCAAUGACAAGAACAAGAGCAUUGCUAGGGGAUCACCUUUGGUACUAAGUAGAGAUGCAUUAUUUAAUAAUAAUGGCAAUAAUAAUAACGUUAAUUCCAACAGUAUUAAUUAUCCAAACGAUUCCAAUAUAUGGAAAAAUAAGAGUACGACUAUAACCAGUAAUAAACGCAAUGCUAGCGGUGGCAAUAAUUCAAAGACUGCCAUACAAUUUUCUGACAAUAAUACCAAUAAUGAUGAAUUUGGAGACUUUUUCUCUAAUUCAACUACGAGCAGUAAAGGUGCUGGUAACUCUUAUAAUUUUGAUUACAAUGCUCCUAAAACUAGUGUAUCAACAACAUCAUCGAUUGUGUCGAAUACUACGGAUACAAUAAAUAACAGCCGUGCUGGAAAUAAUAAAACACUUCCACCCGGAUUUUCUGUGACUUUAUUACAACCAAAUAAUAAAUUAAACAAUGUUAAUUCCAAUACGAAUAGCAACUUAAAAAAUGAUAGCUCAAUAAAUCAGUACGAGUCAUUGAUAUAA